AUGAUGAUUUUUGAAUCAUUUUAUCAAAAUCCAAUUCUACGUGAAUAUUUAAGUGGAAAUCCAUUUAAUGUAACACCAUGGGUACAAGAUCCAGUUGGUAUAUAUCAUCCAUUUGUAUUUGAAUUCGAAAAAAAAUUUCUUGAUAAAACUUAUGCCGAUAAUAUUUAUGCCUGGAUGAAUAAAUGGUGGUGGUUAAGUAUUGUCUAUUCAGUUAUAUAUAUUGGAUUUAUUUAUUAUGGUCGUUCAUUAAUGGAAAAACAUGAACGUUAUGAAUUACGAUUAUCAUUAAUAUUAUGGAAUAUUUCAUUAGCUUUAUUUAGUCUAUUUGGUAUGAUACGUUGUGUACCUGAAAUGAUUUACGCUUUAAAUAAAAAAAGUUUAUACUAUACUAUUUGUAAUAUUGAUUACGCUUAUGGUGUAACUGGAUAUUGGAUAACAAUAUUUUGUAUAUCAAAAGUUGCUGAACUUAUUGACACAUUAUUUAUUGUAUUACGAAAACAAAAAUUAAUUUUUCUUCAUUGGUUUCAUCAUGCUACUGUUUUAAUUUAUGCAUGGUAUAGUUAUCAUAAUUGGACAGCUAGUGGACGUUGGUUUGUAUUUCUCAAUUAUAUCGUUCAUACAUUGAUGUAUUCUUAUUAUGCAUUUCGUGCUAUGAAAUUUCACAUACCAAGACAGAUUCAAAUAACAAUAACUACAUUUCAAUUAUCACAAAUGGUUGUCGGAUGCUUUGUUAAUUAUAAAGCCUAUUUCUAUAAACAAAAUGGAGCACCAUGUUCUGUUGCUUAUGAUAAUAUAUUUUGGUCUUUUUUUAUGUAUGCAGUUUAUUUCGUUUUAUUUCUUCAGUUCUUUUUUGUAUCUUAUUUAUCAAAAAAACCAAUAACAAAACAUUGCGUUAAAAUAGAAGAUAAAAAAAAGAAAUAA